AAAAAGCAAAGUAAACCAGAUCAAUUGCCCUGUUUUUCCAAAGAAGGAGCUUGCUCUUGAUGGAGGGGUAGAGGGCGCUGGUACUUGGGGUUCAGUUGCGGUUGAAUUCCCCGCCGAGCGGGGGUCCCGGGGUGUGCUGUGUAAAGGUGAAAAUGAAAAUAAAACUGAAGCGGGGAGGCGGGCGGCGCCGGGCGCGAUAAAUCUCCGUCAUUUCUGCCGGAGGCGGAAUAGCCCCGUGGGCUAGGGGGGUCCGGGGCCGGGGCCGUUCCCUGGGGCGGUGUCCGCAUUCCGCGAUGCUGCUGGCGGUGGCGGUGGCGGUGCUGGCCGUGGCCCUGGCCGUGGCCGUGGCCGUCCCCGCGCUACGGCACCGCCUGGUCCGUUCCGCGCUGCGCCGCGCCGGGGGCCGGUACCGGCGGCGGCUGGAGGCUCUGGACAGCGACGUGCGGCUGAGGCAGGAGCGGCGGCUGCGGCGCCUGCUGGGCACCGGCAGCGGGGCGGCCGGCGGCUGGGAGGAGUUCCAGGAGCGGCAUCCCCUGGGGCAGCCCUGUCGGGACGAAGCGCCGGGGGUUCCGCUUCCCCCGCUGCGGCUCUGGGCUCUGCUCCCCGGCUGCCGGGACAGCGACCCCCGGCUGCAGGGCUCCCUGCUCUACCUGGACGCGCUCCGCGCCGCCUUUCCCCGGGCGCUGGCCCGCCGGGGCACGGCGCUGCUGCACUGGAGCCCCGGCUGGCCCCGCGGCCCGGCGGGGUGGCCGCUGCCCACCCUGUACUGCACGCCGGCCGCAGCCGCUGUGGUGCCCUCCCGGGCCGCGGCGCUGCGGGUGCAGCUGCUCUUCGCCCUGCGGCAGCGUGCCCUGCAUGUGCUGGAGGCCGGGCUGGCAGCCGAGCUGCACGACGCGCUGGUGGCGCUGCGCACGGAAUGGCCCCGGCUGGCCCAGGAGCUGGAGCUGGGCAGGCUGAGCCCCCAGCCCGGGCUGCCCGACGAGGUGCGGGAGCAGCUGCAGGCGCUGCUGAGCCCUGCUGCUGCCCGGGCGGCCGAGCUCCGCGCCGAGUGCGCCCGCGGCUUCGAGGGCAUCGUGUUGCGUCUGUGGCCACGGCUGGAGGUGGUGGUGGUGAGGACGAUGUGUGGCACAGAGCGGCUCUACUGCGACUCCCUCCGCCAGGCUGAGUGCCAGGGGCUGCCCUUCUACUGCCCCUUCUACCAGGCAGCAGGAGCCCUGCUUGGUGUAAACCUGUGGCCAGCGGAGCCAGCGCCCCGAUUCGUGCUGUGCCCUGACUGGGCUUUCUGCGAGUUCCUGCCCUGCCUGGCCAGCAAGGAGCCACGGACUGUGCUGCUGGAUGAGCUCUGGGAGGGCCGUGAGUAUGGGCUGGUUGUGACAGCCCAGCCAGGAGAGUACAGGUGCCAUACUGGCGAGGUGCUGAAGGUGACCGGCUUCCACAAGCAGUGUCCCGUGGUGGAACCUGUGCGCCGGGAGAGCCAGACACUGAGCGUGCGAGGGGAGAGCAUCCCUGAGGAGCAGUUCUUCCAGAGCCUGUGCCGCACCCUGAGCAUGUGGCCGGGUGCUCGCCUGAUUGACUAUGUCUGUGUGGAGAGCAGCCUGCUGGGUGACUCUUCGGGGCCCUGUGCCCCCCACUACGAGGUGUUCCUGGAGCUGCAGGGCCUGCGGGACCUGUCGGAGGGGCAGCGCUACAAGCUGGACCAGUGUCUCCAGGAGGAUUUCCCCACCUACAAAUCCUUCCGCUUCAAGGGCAGCAUUGGGCCCCUGCGCCUGCACCUGGUGAGGCCCAGGACCUUCACCCGGCUGCGGGAAGCACUGGGCUCCCCCGUGCCCAUGCCCAGGGUCCUGCACGAGGAGCAGCUGCUGCGGCUCAUCCAGGGAGCCGUCAUCUCCUAGGGCAGCCUUGGGGCCCCGCAGCCCUUCCACCCUGGGGUUCACUUGGCUUGCGCCCUCUGAGGAGGGGCCGUGUCCCUGGGGUGAGAGGGUGUGGGGACAGGGGUGCCCGUCCCCACGGGCGUGGCUGAGUGGAGCAGAUGGAGACGGUGAGCUCGACCGUGAUCCGUGGCAGCAGCAGGCACCGGUGGGCACCGCUCAGUGCUGCUGUGGAGGUGGAGCAGGAGCUUGGGAGCCUCACGGGGCAGUGGGAUGCUGCAGCUGCAGGACCCCCUCCCUCAGUGCCUCGGCAGCACCUGCAGCCACAGCGGAGUGUGUGCCUCUCCCAAGGGACCACUGUGCACCACAGCCCAUGGCUGAGGCAGAGGGCUCAAUGGAAACCCGCAGCAGCAGGAGGAGCAGAAGAGCUGUGGCUCAUCGCUGAGCACUGGGGCCCUGUGGCAUUUCGUCCCCUGGCGAGGACACUGUGGGCAGGGCUCAGGUGGCUGGUGGUGGCAGGUGUCACACAGCAGCCCCAGCUGGGCUUCAGUGCAUGUCCACUGGUUUAAGAAUAAGCUCUAGUGAGGGCUGCUUUUAAUGUUUUGAAAACCAAAUGCAAAGUAAAGGAGGAUUAUCUUUUAAAAAAUAAAUAAAGGACUGCACUCUGUGAUUGAUUUUUUUAGACUAUUAUUUUUAAUCUUCAUUAAAGAGAUUGCUCAAGCAAUCUGACUGCUCUGGGGGCUUAGGAGUUGCUGCUGUUCUCAGGGGUCCUGGGGAAGGGCAGCCAUGAAUAUUUAACCAGCUGAGCACUCUGGGGGCACCAGGCUCUUUGUGCCUUUGAGGCACAUCGGGAGGGACUGGUCAUUUCCCCUUCUGCUCAUUAAGGGUUA